GCCGAGGUCGUCCCUGUGCCCGUGUGCGGGUGCGGCGGGUCGCGGCGCCACUGCCGUAGCCAGAGCGGCCCUAUUAACUUGGCCAACUCGACUCCGCUGACCCGUGACGCGGUGGCCGUGGCGAGUGGAGGAAGAAAAGCUGCCCCACUUUGCUUCGCUUCUCCGCUCCCUGCCUUCUUUCUUUCUUCCGCGAUUGUGCUGUGUCCAACUCAAACAACAACAGCAACAACAAAGAAACCUCCCCUUCAUCGUAUCCAAACUCCACCACCACCAUCAUCGAAUCGAAACCGCCAUGACCACCAGCAUCGAGUACGACUAUCUCUUCAAGCUGCUCCUCAUCGGCGACUCCUCCGUCGGCAAGUCCUGCCUCCUCCUCCGUUUCGCCGACGAUUCGUACGUUGACACCUACAUCAGUACCAUCGGCGUUGAUUUCAAAAUCCGCACCAUCGACCUCGAUGGAAAGACUGUCAAGCUACAGAUUUGGGACACAGCAGGCCAGGAAAGGUUCAGGACAAUUACGAGCAGCUACUACCGAGGAGCUCAUGGAAUCAUUAUCGUGUAUGACGUGACAGACAUGGAGAGCUUCAAUAACAUCAAGCAGUGGCUGAGUGAGAUUGAUAGGUAUGCCAGUGACAACGUAUGCAAGCUCCUAGUUGGGAACAAGUGUGAUUUGGUUGACAGUAAGGUUGUUGACACUGAAAAGGCAAAGGAUUUUGCAGAUUCAUUAGGAAUUCCCUUUAUUGAGACAAGCGCAAAGGAAUCCAUCAACGUGGAGGAAGCUUUCCUGACCAUGUCAUCAGAAAUCAAGAAAAGGAUGGCAACCCAACCAACGGUGGAGAGGAGACCCACAGUCCAUGUUCACAUGAAAGGACAGCCAAUACAGCAGAAGAGCAGCUGCUGCUCAUCAUAGUCAGGGCUCAUAGGGCACUUAAAUUUGGCUAGUGGUUAGAUGGACGCCGCAGGAUGUUGUUCACUUAAGAUUAUACUAGUAACAUGCCCGUGCGUUACGACGGGAGUAAAAAAUAGAUACAGAUCGACAGACAUCACUAUGAUAUACAAAAUGCAGACAAGUACAUAGCCUCUGUUCAUAAUCGUUUGUGAUGGACGUCAAAUACCAAAAUCGACUAUAGAAAAUAUUGGAUCCUUUUCCCUUUCA